UCCUUCCUCCAGGAACACAGGAGCACCGGUUCACACCGACGUCACCAUGAAGUCCCUCAGUGAAGCAAACACCCGCUUCGCACUUGACCUGUUCCAACAGCUGAGAAAGUCAGAGAAGGGAAAUAUCUUCUGUUCUCCGUUCAGUAUCUCAGCAGCCAUAGCCAUGACUUACUUAGGGGCCCAAGGAAACACUGCAUCAGAAAUUCAGAAGGCUCUUCACUUUAAUGAAGUCACAGACAGCACAAAAGGAGGAGCCACGACAGUUCCUGUUACGAAGUCGGGGAAUGUGCACCAGCAAUUUCAAAAGCUCCUGACUGAACUAAGUAAACCCACUAAUGCCUAUGAGCUACACCUGGCCAACAGGCUCUACGCAGAAAAGAAGUUUCCAUUUCUUCAGGAAUACAUGGACAAUGCUAACAUAUUUUACCUAGCCGGCGCAGAAGCUGUUGAUUUUGAAAAUGCUGCAGAAGAAAGCCGGAAGGUGAUUAAUUCCUGGGUGGAAAGCCAAACAAAAGAAAAAAUCAAGGACCUCUUUCCUGAAGGCUCUCUUGACAAAAGCACUGUUCUGGUUCUGGUGAACGCCAUCUAUUUCAAAGGGCAGUGGAAUGACAAAUUUGACCCAGAAUUAACCAAGCAGGGUGAAUUUUGGCUGAACAAGGGCACAAGCAAGCCUGUGCAGAUGAUGAAGAAAGAAGGCCGCUUUAUCUUCACCGAGCUGGAGGACAUCCCGGCUAAGGUGCUGGAGAUACCGUACAAGGACAAAGACCUGAGCAUGGUGUUGCUGCUGCCCAAUGAAAUAGAUGGUCUUCAGCAGCUGGAAGAUAAACUCACCGCCGAGAAGUUAAUAGAGUUGACGAGCUCACAGAACACGAGCGAGGCGACGGUGGAUUUGCACCUCCCUCGCUUCAAGGUGGAAAAGAGCUACGACCUGGAGGGCGUGAUGAGAGCCCUGGGCGUGGUGGACGCCUUCACUCCGCUGGCCGCCGACUUCUCCGGCAUGACAGGAGCCCAGAAGCUCGCGGUGUCCAAAAUCCAGCACAAGUCCUUUGUGGAGGUGACAGAGGAGGGCACAAAGGCUGCAGCCGCUACCGGCGUAGAAAUCAUAAAAGUAUCAUCCCGAGUUUAUGAAAGUUUCCAUUGCGACCAUCCUUUCCUGUUCUUCAUCAAGCACAACAAAACCAACAGCAUCCUCUUCUUCGGCAGAGUGUCUUCCCCUUAGACCCAUGGGCGGCCACUGCGGCCUCGCGGGCACGUUCACAGAGCAAGUGCAGCCCCGGGGCUCGUUGGUUUUCCUCUCCCACCUCCCCGGCAUCACUGAGAAUGGGAUGCUUGAAGCAUAAUCUCUCUCUCUCUCUCUCUCUCUCUCUCUCUCUCUCCCCCCACAAAAGGCAUGUAAAUGUGUUUUAUUUCCCUACGAUAAUUCCACCUUUGGGACAAAAAGGAUAUUUCAAGACACUAGCUUCUAAAUUUAAAAUAGCGUGUCUGCUGUCACAAAAAUUACAUCUGCUAUUCGAAUGUAUUGACCUUCCACCUACAUUUGUUUCAAUGCAGGUGAUACCUGGGACCCUUGCAUGUUUAAUCUUCUUUUAUUUUA